AAUGGAGAUAUGUACAGUAGAUAACCAAAUCUAAUUUUCUCAAUGUAUCACAGACUCAUUUCCAUUAUAUAGUACAGCCGAUGUUUGUAAGAGAAUUAAUGAAUCUUAGGAACCACCAGCAGAGCAGACAGUGUUAAAAUAAAUCAUUCAAACAGAGCCUGUACUGUGUAGAUUAAAGGGGAUGAAUAACAGUGUAAUUACAGUGUAAUAACUGGGUAAUUACCCAAAUCCUGCUGGUAACAAUGUCAUUACAUGGUCUUGUAAACAGCAUCUUGUUACCUGAUUUAAUUACAUGGUAACACCAUGGCACAGGCAAUUUCAAUGACAUUACACACUCAUUACACUGGUAAUUACUAUGUAACAGUUAUUGUAUCCACAGUCAAGGAUCAGCUGUAGAUGAAUAUGUCAAAGGGGUUGAUGUUACAAAAUAGAAUUUCAGCAAAAGACACCUCAGACCAUAACAUGGUCUCAAAGUUGGCAGCUUUGGGAAGUUUUCUUCAUGACUUUUUCACUGACAUUAAAAAUGGCGGUCAAGUUAACCACAAUUGUGACUUCACUAAAAAUAAUAAUUAAGAUAAUUGGGAGGGCAAUAAUUGGGAGACAAAUGCCACUUUUGUUACAGGCUGUACCAUUACAUUCAAGCAAGGACCAAAAGAAGACUAAUGUGCAUAUGAAAGACAAUUCAACUAUGGGGGAUGACAAUGAAAGCCACCUAACUCCUCACCUACGCACUUUGAUGAAAGCUGAGAAUGGGAGCAACAUAAUUUCCCCUACCAUACAAGGACAGAAUAUCAGUAAUAUUACAAUCAACCUAACAACCAACCUUGGCAAGAGUGGAGGUGAAACCCAGAAUUCAAUGACAGUUUCAGACAAACUUCUGCAAGAUACCAAAACAAUCCACAAAUCUAUGCUCCGAGGAAAGUUUGAAUGUGUACACGAAAGCAUUGCUAAACCAGGACAACAGCCUCUGCUGAAUGACCUGUAUACAAAUGUUUGGAUAACUGAGGGUGAAUGCGGAGAGAUUAAUUCGGAACAUGAGGUGAGGGAUAUAAAGGCCAAAAUGAGAAAAAGAACGCAGGUCCAUUCCAUGAAACGGAAAGACAUAUUCAAACCCUUACUGGACCAGAAACAAGUAAAGACUGUGCUAACAAAGGGAAUUGCUGGGAUCGGAAAAACCAUCACUGUGCAGAAAUUCAUACUUGAUUGGGCAGCUGGACUGGAAAACCAAGAAUUUGAUCUUAUAUUUGUUUUCCCAUUCCGUGAACUCAACUUGAUAAAAAAAGAAAUCAGUCUACUGGAAGUUGUUCAGCAAUACUACCCACACAUGAAGAAGGAUGAACGCAUUUUGACAGCUGACUCUGUAAAAUCAUUGUUCAUCUUUGAUGGGCUGGAUGAAAGUAAACUACUAAUAGAUUUUUACAAAUGUCCACCGUGGCUAGAUGAAGAAAAGUCAACUUCUUUAGGUGUUUUAUUAACAAAUCUGAUUCGGGGAAACUUGCUUCCUAGCGCUUCCCUCUGGAUAACUUCCAGGCCGGCAGCAACAUGUCAGAUUCCUGCUGUUUACAUAAGCAGGGUGACUGAGAUACAAGGAUUUGAAAAUCCAGAAAAGGAAGAGUACUUUAGGAAGAAAUGCAAAAAUGAAACACUGGCAGACAAAAUGGUCUCAUAUAUAAGGACACAGAGGAGUCUUUAUAUAAUGUGCUACGUCCCUGCUUUCUGCUGGAUAUUAGCUACUGUUUUAGAGCAAACAUUGAACACUGAUCACAGUGGUUAUAUUCCUAGAACUCUGGCUGAAAUUUACACAAAUUUUCUAAUAGUUUUACUAACUUUUCAGAAUCAAAAAUAUGAGGAUCAAGCGAGAUGGACAAGCUACAGUCUACUGGAAUCAAACCAAAAAUCCAUUCUUAGCUUGGCACAGCUGGCUUUUGAAAACCUGGAAAGAGGUGAUAUCAUUUUUUAUGAGAAUGAGUUAAGAAAAUAUCAUAUUGAUAUAAGCAAGCCAUCUGUUUACUCUGGAGUAUGCAAAGACAUUUUUAUAGAAAAUUCAACAGCAACUCAGGACAAGGUAUAUACCUUUGUACAUCUGACAAUCCAGGAAUAUUUUGCAGCUUUACAUGUUUUCGCUACCUAUCAAAACAAAAAACGAAAUGCACUGAAGAAGAAAAACAUAAGUAAUACAUUUCCUUGUGCUAAAAGCACACCUAGUUUAUUUGAUGUGUACAAGUCUGCAUUGGAUAAGUCAAUCCUCAGUAAAAAUGGUCACCUCGAUCUUUUUCUCAGGUUUUUAUUGGGCAUUGGCACAGACAACAACCAAAAACUGUUAAAUGGACUUUUUAACCCAGAAGACAAUUCAGAGGAUAUCAAGCAGAUUUGUAGCUACAUUAAGGACUUGAUCAGGAAGGAUGUCUCACCAGAAAGGUGCAUCAAUCUUUUCCACUGUUUGAACGAAUUGAAUGACAGCUCUCUUGUGGAAGAGAUCAAAAUGGCCAUAAACUCAAGAGAUCUUUUAAAACAAAGGCAGACUCCUUCACUGUAUUCAGGGCUUGCCUAUAUUUUGCAAAUGUGUGAAGAUGAAACAGAUGAAUUGAACUUGCACAGAUACCACAUGUCAGAAGAAGGUGUACUGCGAAUGCUGCCUGUUGCUAAAUUUUAUAAAAGACUGGUGCUGGAGCAAUGCGGCAUCACAGCUGAAGGUGGUGACAGUCUCGCCUUCACUCUCAGUUCACACCAGUCAAAGAUAAAAGAGCUGGAGCUGGGGUGGAAUAUCCUGGAGGAUUCAGGAGUGAUCCAGCUUUGCACUGGACUGAUCGACCCAAACUGUAAAUUACAGAAGCUGGGGUUGAAGCAAUGUGGUCUCAAAAGUGGAUGUUGUAAGGAACUUGCCUCUGUUCUCAGUACAAACCACUCACAUUUGAGAGAUUUGGAGCUGAGAAUGAAUCAGAUAGAGGACUCGGGAGUGAAACUGCUGUCUGCAGGACUGACACACGUGAAUUGUAAAUUACAGAAACUUGGCCUAGAGAACUGUGGCCUCACAUCACGAUGCUGUGAGGAUCUUGCUUCUCUUCUCUGUACAAACCAGUCAAACCUGAGAGUGCUGGAACUGGGAAAGAAUGUUCAGCUGGGAGAUUUGGGAGUGAAACUGCUGUGUGCUGGAUUAAAGGAUCCAAAAUGUAAAUUAAAGAGACUGGGGCUAGAGUCCUGUGGUCUCACAAGUGGAUGUUGUGAGGAUCUUGCCUCUGUUCUCUGUACAAAUCAGUCAGUCCUGAAAGAAUUGAACCUGAGAAUGAACCAACUGGGGGAUUCUGGAGUGACACUGCUGUCUGUGGGACUGAGUGAUCCAAACUGUAAAUUACAGGCACUUGGCCUACAGUUCUGCAGUCUCACAGGUAGAUGUUGUGAGGCUCUUGCCUCUGCUCUCUGCACCAGCCAGUCAAACCUGAGAGACCUUGACCUGGGAGCAAAUAAGCUAGAGGAUCCAGGAGUAAAACUGAUAUCUACUGGGCUGAGGGAUCCAAAUUGUAAAUUACAGAAACUGAAGUUGGGGCAAUGUAGCAUCUCAUCUGUAUGCUGUGAGGAUCUCUUCUUUGCUGCCUGUGCAAAUCAUUCCGAUCUCAGAGAGCUGGAUCUGAGGGACAAUGAAAUGUGUGAUUUGGCUGUGGAAUACUUGUCUGUUGCACUGAAGGAUCCACAUUGUAAAUUACAGAACAUUUGUCUGCUGGGAAGUCACCUCCUAAGCUGGACUGUGAAACAGGAACUGAAAUCUCUGCUGGGAGAGCUGCGAUGCUCUGGGCGUGACAUCAUCGUCCAAGUGAAUGAGGAUGAGAAUAAACAGAACUUUCAGGGCUGAGCUUCACUUCCCCUUUUUAGAAAUGCACAAAAUACAGUGUAUUUCACAAUUAUAUUAUUCAGGUGCAUUUAUUUGAAUUUAAAUAUACCCUGUUCUAACUGGUCACAGUUAUGUGGCUUUGUGAACAGGCUGGCUGGUGGUUACAUCAGACCAGGAAAUGCAGGACACAGAGUGGUGAGUGAAUUUCAGGGUUGCACUGGUUUAAUGUAAAUACAAUGUUUAACUACAAAACAAAACACUCAAAACAAAAGGCAUGAUGUCCAAAAUAGACAGACAAAACCACACACUAAACAAACACUGAAUACAACAAGUACCUGGUACUAAGCCAGCACGAGUAGCAAUUGUUAUUAUUUCUCUCUCUCUCUCUCUCUCUCUCUCUCUCUCUCUCUCUCUCUCUCUCUCUCUCCUGUACUUCCACGCUGUACACCCAACCCCAUCACAGGCUUGCUUUUCACUUACUUUUUUGUUUGCUUAACCUCUAUAUAUAGUUAGCGAAACAGUAAAAUAAACAUUUUAUAUACAUAACAGAAAUAUUCAAGUUUUUUUUAUGUAAAGUAUGUACAAAUACAAUAAUACAAUAUAUAAAAGGAAUAAAAAAAUAUAUUUUUUUGUGUAAACGGUAAAACAUACAUACGUAAUUUUUAUGAACAAAAAACACCCGAGUUAUAUUGUGAAAUAUUGUUUAUAUAUUUUUUGCAGGGUUAGCGAUUCACUGUGCCAAUCAUUGAAGUGAUCGAGGCAGCAGAACCCACGAUUGCUAUCGGGAUUGCACAUUUUUCUGGUGUCCUUUCUGAUUUCUUUUUCAUAGCAGAUCCUGCACCUUUUCUGUGGUGUCUGCUUACCUUGUGUGGGAGGGUUUGUAACAAAGCAAUGUACAGCACGGUUUGGCACAGGUAUUGCAAGUGAUCGCUUGCCUUAGAAAGUUUCUUCACAGCCUCAUAUCCAGUGCUAUACUUUGUAAGUAUUUUGUCACAGUACUCUAAAAGAUACUCCACGUAGGGCAUCUUACUCCUCCCCACACGAAGCUGGUCCAGCACUCGACUGUUCAACAUCAUUCAUGAAAUGAAGUGGAUGCCUAGUGUUUUGAACCAGGCAAGAGUUUUCCUGCAAGGGUUAUACGGCUUGACAUCUUGAUCCCAGGUCUCCACCGCUCCCAUCAGUUCAUAUUAUAAAAUAUUGUUAUAAAAUAUCUUUGCUCCUCCAGUAACUACACGGAUCUUUUGUACAAAUCCUGCUGCAUACUUGGUAGUCAGUACAUUUACAUCUGCUUUAUCCUGCCAUCUAACCAACAACAAAUCACUGUUUCUAACAAGACAUGCCUGUCCUUUGUUCAGUUUUUCUUGUACAACCUCCUUUGGUACCCCUUUGUUAGAUCGAAUAGUCCCAGUGAUGUUUGUAUUUUAAGUCAGUAAGAAUGUUACAAGCCUCAUAGACAUAUACCAAUUGUCAACAAUAAUAUGUCGCCCUUGAUUUAGUACAUGAUCAGCCAAAUACACAACAAUCCUUUCAGAUAUACUUAGUUCACUUGCUUCUAGAUAAUGCAAGACAUCAAAUUUAUCCUUGCUGAUAUAUAUUUGGAAAUUCCAGGUGUAACUCCUUAGCUUUUGAUCACUGGGACACAUGCAGAACAGUUUGAUUCCAAUUCGAGAUCUUUUAGUUUGUAUGUAUUGCCGAAAAUGAAGUUGUCCUUUCCACAGUACAAGCACCUCAUCCAUGGCGAUGUGCUGCCCUGGAUCGACCAACUCCAUUGAUGGACCAACUCCAUUGAUGGCAGCAGUGUGAAGUAGUGGUUAGGGCUCUGGACUCUUGACCGGAGGGUCAUAGGUUCAAUCUCAGGCGAGGGACACUGCUGCUGUACCCUUGAGCAAGGUACUUUACCUAGAUUGCUCCAGUAAAAACCCAACUGUAUAAAUGGGUAAUUGUAUGUAAAAACAAUGUGAUAUCUUGUAACAAUUGUAAGUCACCCUGGAUAAGGGCAUCUGCUAAUAAAUAAAUAA